AUGCUAGAGUCGACCUGCAGGGCCUUCUUCGACCUGCAAGGAGUCCAGCUUCGUCCCGCCCCGGAUGCAGUCAUGACAACCCAUGAGGCUCGAGUGGUGGAGAGCGCACCGGAACGGUCCGGGAAUACCAUGGAGCCGGCGGCACAGAACAGAUCCGAAGCGGUAGAGGGACAGAGAGACGUACCUGCCGCAAACCGGGACGCAAAUCCAAGAGUGGGGGAAAUUUCAUAUUCCCGCCGACCUGCACCAGGGGGUGCACUACUGAGUGGCCCGACAUCAAGUGUAGCAGAUGAAGGCGAGGAGGGUGUAGAAGAUCCACAGCUGCCAAGUCAGGUCGAACAGGCAGAGGAGCAGUGGAGGAAGGCGGCUGAUGAUAAGCGGAUGGCCGAAGCAGAAGCCAAGAGGAGACGGGCUGAAGAGAGGCAACGGCGCCGUGAUGGCGACAUUGAUCCUAUCAUCUCUUUCCCGGGAACAGGAGACAUACGUGAAGCAUGGGAGCGUGGGGCACGAGCCGCUGCAAGGGCACACGUGGGAGUGGCAGGAGAGGAGCUCGCCAGCAAUGUGCGGCAGCAUAUCGAGGAGGAUAGGGGAUACGUGAAAGUUUGCUUGCCCAGCGUAAAGCGGAAGGCGGCUGAAGAGGCCCGGAGAGGGGACGUCGACGUGCCAGAGAAUUCGGGAGAGGUGGAAAAGAAGGCGCAGAGCAACGCGGGUGCAAAGGCUCAUAAGAUGGUGGAGGUAGAGGCCCACCAGAAAGCAGAGGAUGCGGCCCAUCGGUUUGUCAAUGCAGAGGCGGCACUUACGGCAGAGGACGGGGCGCCAAAGGAAGUAGAGGCUGCGGCGCAGCAGAAGGUGGGUGCAGAGGCGGUCAAGAGUGCGGAGGCAGUCGCGCGUAAAGAAGCGGGUGCAGCAGCAGAGCUAACGUCGGAGGCAGUCGAGCUACAUGUGGUGGAGGCAGUGGCGCAGAAGGAAUCAGAGGCAACGGCGAGCCAGAAGGAUGAGGCAGCGGCGCAACAGAAUGAUGAGGCAGACGCACAUAAGGAAUCAGCGGCAGCAGCGCAGCAGAAGGAUGAGGGUGCGGCGCCCAGGAUGGUUGAGGCAGAGGCGCAGAAGGAAUCAGAGGCAGCGGCGCAGCAGAAGGAGGAGGGUGCGGCGCCGAAGAUGGUUGAGGCAGAGGCGCAGAAGGAAUUAGAGGCAGCGGCGCAGCAGAAGGAGGAGGGUGCGGCGCCGAAGAUGGUUGAGGCAAAGGCGCACAAGGAAUCAGAGCCUGUGGCGCAGCAGAAGGAGGAGGGUGCGGCGCCGAAGAUGGUUGAGGCAGAGGCGCACAAGGAAUCAGACGCAGCGGCGAGCCAGAAGGAUAAGGCAGCACCGCUGCAUAUGGAGGAGGCAGACGCACAUAAGGAAGGAGAGGCGCGGAAUAAGGCAGAAGCAGCGGCGCGGCAGAAGGCGGAGGCAGAGGAGCAGAAACAGGCUGCGGAAGAGGCGCUACAACUGGCUCGGGCAGAAGCGCGGAAGAAGGCUGUUGUAGAGGCGCGGCAGAAGGCGGAGGGUGAGGCGCAGAAGAUGGCAGAGGCCGAGGAGCAGAAGCAGGCUGAGGCAGACGCACGUAGGAAGCCAGAUGGAGAGGAGGGUUCAGAUGGGAAUAAAAUGAUACAGACAGAGGGAUGGGAGACGGCGGGUGCUGAGGGGCACAUCAUCGCAGAGGAAGAGGGGCAGCAUGACGAGGAGGCAGCGUCGUAG